AUGGGAGUUUAAAUUGAUACAUUAGUUCUAGGAGAUGGCUAGAAUUUUCCCAAGAGAGGAAAUACUGUAAUUGUCCAUUAUACAGGAAGACUUGAAGAUGGCUCUAAAUUUGAUUCUUCUAGAGAUAGAAAUGAACCUUUUGAAUUUGUACUGGGAGCAGGCCAGGUUAUAAGAGGCUGGGAGGAAGGAUUAGCACUAAUGUCAAAAGGCUAAGUAGUUAGACUAACAUGCACACCUGAUUACGCUUAUGGACUUCAAGGAUUUCCUCCAAUUAUUCCAGGCAAUGCCACUCUUAUGUUUGAAGUUGAGCUUAUAGAUUAUAAGUGA